AUUUUAUAAAAUGUCUCAUAGUUCUAAUAUGGUUGCAUUUGGUAUGGACCAUGAAAGAUUGAACUGAUGGUAAGGUGUCAAAAUCAUCUAAACCAGAAAAUAUGAUAAUUAUGAUUAGACUAAAUUGAAAAAUCAUGUAUGGAUUUGGCUAAGUCAUAGUUCAUUAAGAAAAGGUGUAUUAACAUUAAUUUAAUUGGUCUCAAAAUCUGAAUGACAUAUUCUUUUAAGAGUUCUAGAUAUAAUUAUUAUUAUUAAAUAAUGAGUGACAUUUUUUGUACAUACCAUUGAAAGAUAAAAUUAUUUUUAAAUAAUUUUCAUGUUUUAAUAAGAUAAAAAUUAUUAAUGAAUUAAUCUAACAAUAGAUUUUUAUACAGUAAUUUUUUUUAAUCAAUCUAUUUUGAUAGAAUAAACUAUCUAUUCAUCAAACACACUGCAAAUCAUUUUCUGAUAGUUUAUGUUUUGCCAAAAUUUAGCAUCUGAUCAAACUUCUCAUUUUUAACUAGACAUAUGACAAUUAAAGAACAACUGGAACGUUUUCUACUUCAGCAUAAUAAAUCAUUUUCUAUCUGUUCCGGGUCGAGGACUGCUUCUCCUUCUCCUUCUUCAAACUUUACUUCGUAGACUUUCCAUCUGGUGAUUCUCUCUUCAUGUAAUCAUGCUUCAAUUCAGUUUAUUAUUGUUAAUAUAGAUAGCAAGUUGAUUUUUUUCAAAUAGUAUUAUACUCCAUCCACAAAGAAUUCUUCUUUUCUGUUUUCUUUAAUCAUUACAUGCCUUCAUGUAUUUGAGAUAUAUACUCAAAAGACAACUUUCUGAUAUUAGAUUUUGUUUAUUUAAUUUAUAAAUUUUGAACUAGUUGGAUUUUAAAAAUAAAAGAAAAAUUCACAAGAUAAGUCUAAUUUUGGAAUAGAAAAAAGGUACGACAAUUUCAACUGAAUAGAUUGGGAGAUAAGAAUGUAAUGAAUCAUCAAACAGCUAACCAAUUAAAAAAAAUAACGAUAUAAGUUACAGACAUAACAAAGCGGGAGAUUCGGUAAGUUGCUAAAGACACAUACGAAUAAAGAGUUUUGAAAAAAAAUUAAAAAGUUUGAGUGUUUAUUUGUUGGAGAUUAGUUUGGAGUUCGUCUCGGCAACCAACUUUUGCUCUGCCUUAACAACGCCAAUUCUGUAAAAAAAAUGACGUCUUCUUCCUCCUCAGCCUCCUCGUUUUGCACACUCUCCUUUCCAUUUCUCUUGUUUUCUUCUUAUUCUUUGUAGCCUCCCUCCCUCUCUCUCUCUCUCUCUCCUGUGUAAUUGUGUAUGUUACACAAUUAAUGGCGUCUUUAAAUAUGAAGAUGAAGAAAAGGGAUAAUUAUGGCGCAGAACCUGACAAGAAAAAGCUGGCCAUGGCCGGAAUCCGACAUCAGUUGCUGCUACUCCUUCGCCGCCGUCACCGUCUAUUUCCUCUGGUAUCUGCCUUCUCCGGCUGUCUCCUCCUCCUCCUCCUCUUCUCACUUUCCUUCCCUCCUGUGAUCCAUCGCUCACCACUAGGCAGGAAGAAUCAAGUUGCCGUGGAAUCCAAGCUUCUUGUACCCGAAAAUGGCGGAAGAUCGGAUCGCCACUUAUGGAGCUCGAAAUUGUCCAACUCCUACUAUGGCUGCAGCAAUGCCAGUGGCACCUUUCAAGUUUUGGAUAAGACGAGCCAGACAGGUCGAUAUUUACUGAUCGCUACAAGCGGAGGGUUAAACCAACAACGAACAGGGAUAAUAGACGCUGUGGUUGCGGCUUACAUCCUAAAUGCCACUCUUGUGAUCCCUAAACUGGACCAAAACUCAUACUGGAAGGACAUCAGCAACUUCGAAGAAAUAUUUGACGCUGAUUGGUUCAUUUCGCAUCUCUCCAAAGAUGUCAAGAUCAUCAAGGAGCUUCCUAAAGGAGAAGAGUCAAGACUCAUUGGCCUACAGUCCAUUCGUGUUCCCAGGAAGUGCACACCCUCUUGCUACCUGCAGCGUGUUUUGCCCCUUCUUAAGAAGAAGCAUGUUGUACAACUCUCUAAAUUCGAUUACAGGCUGGCUAACCAGCUGGAUACAGAGCUACAGAAGCUGAGGUGUAGAGUGAACUACCAUGCGGUUAGAUAUACGCAGACUAUCAACAAGAUGGGCCAAAUUCUGGUUGACCGGAUGAGAACCAAAGCCAAACACUUUGUUGCCCUUCAUCUCAGGUUUGAACCUGAUAUGCUGGCCUUCUCCGGAUGCUAUUACGGGGGAGGUCAGAAAGAGAGACUUGAACUGGGAGCUAUGAGAAGAAGGUGGAAAACUUUACACGCGGCAAACCCUGACAAGGUACGGGAGCACGGGAGAUGUCCCCUGACUCCAGAGGAGAUCGGUCUGAUGCUCAGGGGCUUAGGUUUUGGAAGAGAAGUUCACUUGUACGUUGCAUCAGGCGAGGUAUACGGAGGGGAUGCUACACUAGCACCAUUGAGAGCUCUGUUUCCAAAUCUCCAUACAAAGGAGACAUUGACCUCCAAGAAAGAGCUAGCUCCUUUUGCGCGCUUCUCAUCACGCAUGGCAGCUCUUGACUUCAUCGUCUGUGAUGAGAGCGACGCAUUUGUCACCAACAACAACGGCAACAUGGCUAGAAUCUUAGCUGGAAGAAGGAGAUACAUGGGACACAAAGUGACCAUCCGUCCAAACGCCAAGAAACUCCACAAAAUCUUCACAAACAGACACAACAUGACAUGGGAUGAAUUCUCUACCAAGGUCCGGAAAUACCAAACCGGGUUCAUGGGGGAGCCAGAUGAAAUGAAAGCAGGAGAGGGGGAGUUCCAUGAGAACCCGACCUCCUGCAUUUGUGGAAAGAAGAAGGCCAAUGAACAACUAAAAGAGGACGAGCAUGACUCAUGGCCAUGGGAGUACUCGGACAUUGGCAAUGUCCCCAUGGCCACUAGAAGCGGUUUGGAUCAUCAAUCAGAAGUUGACCAUCAGAACUAAUCGUUCCUCUCUUUUUUUUUUUUUUUUUUUUCUUUUGUGCUCUUUAUAUGCAAGAAUCUGCAUUCUUUUCCAAAACACAAAAAUGUAAUGUCAU